AUGGGCAUCAGUGGAUAUCUUGCGGCGAAGAGGGAAACAACUACGAAGAGCCGAGACCAUGGCGAAGGUAAGACCAAGGGAUUCCCGCCUGCGGUGGUCGGACUGUCAGUAUCCGUCGGAUACAUGCUCGGUGGUCUGCUACCGCUGUUCCUCUACUUCUUCGUCAGUCAAGUAGCUGAUGGUCUGCGUUGGAGCUUCGCUGUCUGCGUUUUGGCCUUGUUCGUCUUCGGGUUUGCUAAGGACUAUCUUCUCCACAACGAAUCCGUUGAAGGGAUGCGGAUAGUCGUUAUGGGAGGUAUUACCGCCACUGCAGCUGUUCUAUGCGUCAAACUCUUCGAGGGUGUUUCACUGUAA